AAAAACCCGUAGAAGAUAAAUCAACUUGAGAACACUAACUAUACUUCGAUAUUUAACUGAUAUAAUAAUACGCAAUUUAAUCAUCUCUUUUUCUUUUAAAACAAGUUAUAUUUAAAAUGUCUUCGCCGCGUAGAAGGAUCGAAACUGAUGUUAUGAAGCUUCUUAUGAGCGAUUAUGAGGUUACUCUUGUCAAUGAUAACAUGCAGGAGUUUUAUGUUCGAUUUCAUGGACCUGAGGACACACCAUUUGCCGGCGGUGUAUGGAAAGUUCAUGUUGAGCUUCCUGACCAAUACCCAUAUAAAUCUCCGUCGAUUGGUUUUAUGAAUAAAAUUUUUCAUCCUAAUAUCGAUGAGCUUAGUGGGUCAGUUUGUCUUGAUGUAAUUAAUCAGACAUGGAGUCCAAUGUUUGACAUGAUCAAUAUUUUUGAGGUGUUUCUUCCUCAACUCUUGAGAUAUCCUAAUCCCACCGAUCCACUCAAUGGCGAAGCAGCAGCUUUAUUAAUGCGAGAACCACAGGCAUAUGAAAACAAAGUAAAAGAAUAUGUUAGCAGGUUUGCUACGAAAGAAGCAGCGGACGCAGCGAACGAAAGUUCUUCAGAAGAUGAAGUAAGUUCUGUAGAUUCAUAUUCAGAUGAAGAAGAAGUCCCGGAAAUGGAACUGUAACAUGGAUGCGUUCAAAGUCAAAAAUUCUAUCAAAAUUUAUAUUGAUAUUACUCUAGUUUUGUGUUAUUUUGUUUGUUUUAUUAUCAAAUUUUCUUACUUUUAAUUAGUUGCUCCAAUAUAUAUAGCAUUAUAGAAA